GAGAGAGAGACAGAGAGAGAGAGACAGAGAGAGAGGGAGAGAGAGGGAGAGAGACAGAGAGAGAGACUCACUUUCUCAUAAAUUGGCCCAAAUACAAAGAAAUUAGAGAAGAAUUAUUUCCCAAAUUUAAAGAAAAAAUCCUGGACUUCCUCACCCUCCAACAAAACCAAAUAAUUUCAAUCCUACAAUCCUCCUAGAUUACAUCACUGCAUGCCACACAUUACGAAAUGUUUCAGUGUAGGACUAUUAAUCUUUUUAUAUGUACUUUAUUAAUACUAUCUAUAUUUUCAUUAUCACUUAUUAUUUUAUUGUUUAUUAUUUUUACACACAAACAUGCACACGCACACACACACACACACACAAUUAUUUUCUUAUUUCUAUUUCUCAAGUUUUAUUCCAUUUAUAUAUGUAUAUGUUAUGGUUUAGCAACAUUGUGACAUUCAUGCAAAUAAAGCAAAUUUGAAUUUGAGAGAGAGAGAGAAAGACAGAGAAAGAGAGACAGUAUAAACCUGAUCAUUGGACAGAUGACGUCAACAGGAAGUCCUGACUCACUGAUUGAUCAGUUCAUCAGUGAAGACACGAGGACAAAGAAGACAAUAGCGUGCUGGACCCAGGAGGAAGAGCAGUACUGGCAGGAGGCUGGGUAUACACACAGCAGACAGCAGCAAGAGGCCUGCGAACGGCUGCAGAGUGUCAUUUGUGGCAUGAGCCGACAUCAAUAAAUAAAUUCCUUGAGAAACGGGCUUUGGACUUGGUCUCUUUGUGCUGAGAGAACCCUAGUGGCAGUGAGCGUGUCACAAUCUUCAUCUGAUGGAGGAUUUCUGGAGUUGGUCCAGCUGCUGGUGUAAACUGCUCCUCCUCAUCCGUUCAGAGGCCCGUCCCCCUCAUCUCUCCACACAGAUGACAGCAGUCGGACUGAUCGGAGGAUGUCGUCUCCACCUUCCACUUCAUCCGCUCCUGCCCCACUCACCCAGACAGUGACCUCUGACCCCCGUCAUGGUACUAUGGAAACCUACUGGAGAGAAGUGCGGAGUAUCGAGGAGGAGAAAGAGGGAGAGGAAGAAGAUGAUGAAGAAGAAGAAGAGAGAGAGAGUAUAGACGAGGUGGAGCUGGAGGAGGCAUGGCUAAUGGAGGCGGGCUUAUCAUCCCUGGUGAUGGGCUUGUCAUUAGAGGAGGCAUCACCACCAGCAGCAGAGGCACUGCUGUCCACGUUAACACGACAACAAGCUGCCACGGUUAGGAAGAGGUUGGACAACUACAAUGAGACGCUGAAGACCAGAAAUAGUCAACCAAUCAGAGAUGUCAGGGACAUCUUCACUGAGCCUGAUGACUCAGCAGACCGCACCUCACCUCCCUCUCACUGUGCUGAGUCACCACAGAGUCGAUACCACACCACCACCAAAACCAUUCGUCGAAACACUCACAGAGUUCGACCAACUCUUCCAACAUUUCUUUUUGAGGAUCAACUAACUGAACACCCGUCCUCCCUGACAAAUGCACACUCUCCAACAAACACACAGUCCCCUACAAAGACACAGUCCCUGACAAAGACACACUCCCCGACAAACACAUUGACACACCCCACCUCCCCACCUCACCUACAGUCUGUCAGUCAGUUGAGACGAGCUGAUUGGCUGCUGCGGGAAUCUCCAUACUCGGAGGGCGUGGCUGAGCACAAACAAAGUGGGACUUGUUGCGACUGCCUGUAUUUCCAUGGAGUCGAUGGUGAUGACCUUUCAUUUGUACCUGUCUCACCCUCUCAGGGUCUCACCUUGGCAGAUGACCUGUCAUCAUAUGAUCUCAUCCGUCUCGGCUUCAUCUCACACAUCGAGCUCUCCACCUUCCUGCUCACUUUGGGUGUCCAAAUCAAACGCACCCGCCCGCUGCAGCACAGGACUCGGGACAGUGGUGUGUUUGGUGUUCCUCUUAACUCGCUGUUAGAGAAAGACAGGAAGAAGUUUCCUGAAGUCAAAGUUCCUGUCGUCUUCCAAAAGUUGUUGUGUGUUUUAGAGCAGAGCGGCCUGCAGACUGAAGGGAUUCUCAGAGUACCGGGGUCAGCUGCUCGACUGAAGUACCUACGUAGAGAGUUAGACAGGUGUUGUGGAGGGUUUGACUGGUCUGAAGUCAGACAGGUGGAUGCUGCGGGUCUGCUGAAGCUUUUCAUCAGAGAGCUGCCAACACCUCUGCUGACACAAACACAUCUCUCCACCUACCACUCAGUGCUUGGUAUCUCAUCGGUGGUCCACCAGGUUCAGGCUCUGCAGCUGCUGGUGUUGUUGCUUCCUGAAGCAAACAGAGAAACACUCAAAGCCCUGCUGGUUUUCCUGCGUAAGGUUGUCUCUCAUCAGGACCAGAACAAGAUGUCUCUGUGGAAUGUCUCCAUGGUAAUGGCACCCAACUUGUUCUCCUGCCAUCACCACAGAAACAAGUUUUCUAUUGCCAAGCAACAAGAAGAGAUGGAGGAAGCGGUGGGCGGAGCUCAGCUGGUCCAACUGAUGAUCCUACAUCAGGACCUGUUGUGGAUUGUCCCCAGCUUCCUACUGUCUCAGGUGAGACAGAUGAACCAAGCAUCCAAUCAGAAACAGCUCAGCCUGACUAAGACAAAAACACGACUGCUGAGGAAGAAGAACGACAAGAACGACAGAAACCAGUGUGUGUACCUACAGAUCACGGAGCUGUGUGAAGGUGUGAUCAGGGUUCAUGCACCCCUUCACACAAAGGUCUCCAUGGCAAUACAGCUUGACGGACAGAUAAGAGCCAAAGAUGUCACUGCCCGCUUUGAGUGUGACAACAGUCCAGCUCAGUGUCUGUAUGAGGUUGGAGGAAACAUCAGUGAGCGUCGUCUCCAUCCAGACUGUGUGCUGAUGGAUGUUUACAGAAUAAAUCCUCAAUGUGAUUGGCUGAUCAAACGCUGAUACAUAACUCCUGUCACAUUCUAUCUUUCCACCUUCGGGUUACCUGCACAAUGUAUUUUCUCACCACCUGCUCAGCUGUGUCACAUGAUCUGUCUCACCACAUGUGUGACAUCACAGCAGUGGCAUCAAAUCUCAUCUGUUAAACUUUGUUUUAAAACCAGACUGUCAAUAAUAAACCUCUUACUUUGUAAUUUCUCUUUAUUGUUUAAAUGUUUUUGAAGACACAACAGGAACUCAAUCGUGUUCUUUGUUAAGUGUUAAUUAUCAGGUCAAACGUUGGCUCAUUGUUGAUGUAAAAGUUCUCAAAAAUAAAAACAAAAAGCUGUUGAUAAUGUUUUAUCUCCUGCUGGUCAGUGUGAAAUAUUAACCCAUAAACACUUCAUAAACAUCAUGUAAACAUCAAAUAAACAUAAUUUAAAGAGUGAGUGAGUGAGUUAGUCAGUGAGUGAGGACAACCCUCAAAGAAGACUGAGCCCUGAUUAAGGUCCUGCUGUCUGGAACACCAUACACUGUGUGCUGUUCCUAGUAGGGCUGCAGCUAUCAAAUUCCAUAGAUUAAUUGAGUAAUCAGAUAAAAUGAUUACUGUAAUUUCUGGACUAUUUAGCGCACCUGAAUAUAAGCCACACCAGCUACA